GGGAGGGUUGGUUUGGUGAGGAAUGUAAUCACCAAUGUUCAGGACAUUGUCGGGACAACAUGAUCUGUAACUACGUGACCGGUCACUGUGAACGAGGCUGCUCUCUUGGAUGGACAGGAUAUAGGUGUGAGAAAGAAUGCGAGGACGGUACCUUUGGUUAUGAAUGUACCAACAAGUGCAGCGGCCAUUGUUUUGGUGAUUCCCCAUGUAAUAAAACGACUGGUAUUUGUGAUAGAGGGUGCAGUCCAGGGUACAUAAAUAGUGACUGCGGCACAGAGUGUUCAACCGGAUAUUUUGGAAUGAACUGUAGCGAGAAUUGUAGCGGUCAUUGUGUUAACAAUGAAUCAUGUGACCACGAAACUGGGGUGUGCUUUAAUGGUUGUCAGGACGGGUACAUUGGAACACGUUGUGAUGAAAUAUGCAAAAAAGGGUAUUACGGCAAAAACUGUUCUCUUGUUUGUUCUCCUAAUUGUAAGACGUGUCGACACACGGACGGAUUGUGUUCUUGCAAGGCAGGAUGGAUGGGUCCAAAUUGUACUACAGAGUGUGUUUGGUCGUUUGGAGAGAAUUGCCAGUAUCCAUGUGGUGGAUACUGUAUCAAUCAGAAAUGUGACAGAUUCAACGGAAGCUGUCUGUAUGGAAACUGUACACUAGGUACUCAACAGAAUGACGAUUCGAAACAUAUAACACCAGUAACCAUAGCUUUUAUUGUUGGACUCUCGGCCUCAGUCAUUGUAAACAUUGUUGCCAUUGGUUCCUUUCUGUUAGAAUUGAGGUACACAUAGUAACAGGAUCCAUUCAAAGUAUAUGGACAACAGAAACCGUCAAUGUUGUGACUCAGCUGGUUCAACAUGCACAUCGAAGAACGAAUCACUCUAGAAGGUCUACUCUACACUAACAUUUGAAAAGUCUUUUGAAAAAAAAA